CAGUUGUCUGGCAUUACUGGCGCCGGGAGGGCAAGGGAUAGUUACAAAUUGCGAGCAUCCCAUUGUCUGCAAAUGGCUGAGCAGACUAAGAAAUCCAGAGAAGUGGCAUCCAUUUCACUCACGCCAUUCUCGCCAGAAUCGCAAAACCUUGUAUUGGAUAUUUCGUCCCAAAUCAAUGGGAGACGGGUCAGGGCGUGGACUGAUUGGGUGGCGCCAGCGUCUCAUGAGGCAUUCCUGGAUCCUGAAGGGCUUCCACCUCUGUCUGCAGAACAAUCCCGGCAUGUAAAUGCAUGGAGGAGGCCAUGCGAUCUCACCGAACACCCUGUGAUAUACUCUGAUGACUUACGUGCCGAUCAGUUACACCAGAGCGUUAUCACAGACUGUUCGCUGGUCGCGGGUCUCGCCGUUUGCUUGAAUCAUCAUUCCAAGUUCCGAUCGAAGCUCGGCAUAUCAUGCCUGCACCCUCAAAAUGGAGAUGGUACACCUAUUAUUAGUUCUUCGGGGAAGUAUCAAAUUCGAUUUCAAUGCAAUGGAAUCCAGAGAAAGAUUGAGAUUGAUGACAGAUUGCCUUGUGUUGCGGACAACUCGCUUGCAUGCCUGUCUACCCACGAAGCGAUCAUCUUCCUCCCCAGCCUGAUUGAAAAGGCGUACAUGAAAUUGAACGGGGGCUACGAUUUUCCUGGAUCGGAUUCCUCCAUUGAUGUAUACGCGCUAACGCGAUGGAUCCCGGAGGUAAUCAGAUUCAAGAGGUAGCUUGGUCGGGG